GAAUCUAAUCAAGUCGAAAGUAACUCUCCAAAUUUUCACGUUAUCAAAUAUCAAAUUAUCGCGUACAGACGCGUAAAAAAUGUCAAAAAUGAAGAAAGAAAAUCCACCGCUAAGUCUAAGAAGACACCCAUCGACCGUGCGAGUGUUAACCUUGUUCUUGGCCUAGUUUGUCAGAACGAUGCAGGGGAGCAAGCUCGAUAUUUCCAAGGGAUGAUACACGGAUUAUGGGACAAAUUAACUCCGUGCGGGACGUAUCACCACGUUGUCUCCCAUCUAGAGUCCAUCAACGUGGAUCGAGUCAAGACAAGUAGAACACAAGAUUGAACAGUGAAACGUUCUGCAACGCUUCUGUGAGAAAGAAAAAAAAAAAAUGCAAACACCGUACGUAAAUAUCGAGCAGUUAAUUUGCGUGACGUAAAAAAAAAGAAAAAAAAUCGGUGUAAAGGAUCUUAUGAAUCGCAAGGGAUAUCGCAGCAAACAAACUAACAGAGAUACACGCGAGUCUAAUUUUCCACGAUGAAUACGAUUACUUAAAAAUUUUUCGUACGUUUAAGAUCUUUAAAUUUAAUUUGCCUGUAUCAGUGAAAUAUCUGUCCAAAGUAACCAAUUGAAAUCAUUUUAAACUGCAACUUUCGUUGUUUCAUUAAGCUAAAAACAUAUUGACAUUGUUCAUGCAGUUCUAUGUAGAUAUGAUAGACAAAACCAAAAGUUGUCGUAUGUUAGUAUAUUGGUCAAUGUUAAGGUGAAUGCAUGUACAUAUCAAGAUGGCAAUCGGAAGUAUUAUUUGUGGAGCCAACACUCCUAAAAUGAAGAGAAAAAAGGCAAAGACAACUGAACGCAGUUGGAUAGAGGCUACAUUUCAAAAAAGGGAAUGCUCAAAGUUUAUUCCAAGUGCAGAUGAUGAACACAAGUUUAUGCAAGUAAAGGGAGAUAAGAAUGCAGAGUAUGAUGUGAUCACCACUUCCAGAUGUUGUUGUGGAUAUUCUUAUACUCAUCACUGCAGAGCUGGUAUAGAUGUUCAAAGUUACACUCCUAGUAAUACCAAAGAAGAAGAUAGAGAACAAUGGUCUCCUGGGAAAAAUACACGUCCAUUUCCUACCGAUGCAUAUGGCACCAUCGAGUUUCAAGGUGGCCCUCAUCCAACUAAAGCUCAGUAUGUAAGACUUGCUUACGACACGAGGCCAGAACCAAUAGUACAGUUGUUGUGUCGUGAAUGGAAUUUGGGACUACCAAAGCUAUUAAUAACUGUGCAUGGUGGUCGUUCCAACUUCGAACUGCAACCUACUUUGAAAAAGGUUUUAAGAAAAGGUUUGUUAAAAGCUGCAAAGACAACUGGCGCGUGGAUAUUCACAGGAGGAACCAAUACAGGUGUAACAAGGCAAGUGGGAGAUGCGUUGCUAUUAGAAAAGUCUCAAAGGCAAGGUCGAGUUGUGAGCAUUGGCAUAGCGCCAUGGGGAAUUUUAGACAAAAGUCACGAACUUGUAGUCCGUGGGGGUGAAGUACCUUACGAUUGUCUUUCGUCCCCCUGGUCUAAAUACGCAGUUUUAAACAACCGUCACGCAUAUUUUUUACUGGUGGAUAAUGGCACUGGUGGUCGGUACGGUGCAGAAAUUGUGUUACGCAGAAGAUUAGAAAAAUACAUUUCUAAUUUAAAAUUGCAGCCGUACACACAUAGCAGUAUUCCUGUCGUAGCGUUGGUAAUAGAAGGGGGAACGAAUACGAUUCGAUCGGUUUUAGAGUAUGUUACGGACGUUCCGCCUGUUCCUGUAGUAGUUUGUGAUGGCUCAGGUCGUGCGGCAGAUCUCAUCGCUUUUAUGCAUAAAUACGCGUCUGAAGGAGAUGGAGAGAAUGGGGAGAACGAGGGACCAUUAGAAAGUAUGAGAGGACAUCUUUUAGAUACUAUCAAGCGCACCUUCAAGGUAUCUGUCGAACAGGCGACACAACUAUAUUCCGAACUUUUGCAAUGUACCCGUAAGAAACAUUUGAUAACAGUAUUUAGAAUAAGUCAAGAACGGCCACAGGAACUUGAUCAAACGAUCCUGACAGCUCUGUUCAAGUCCAAACAAUUAUCCCCUGCCGAGCAAUUAUCGUUGUCUUUAAUUUGGAACAGAGUGGACAUAGCGCGCUGUGAAAUAUUCGUGUACGGGCAGAAUUGGCCAACGGGUGCCCUGGAACAGGCAAUGAUGCAAGCUUUGCAACACGACCGAAUCGACUUUGUGAAACUUCUCUUGGAAAAUGGAGUCUCUAUGCGUAAAUUCUUAUCCAUACCUCGCCUCGAGGAACUGUACAAUACCAAAGAAGGCCCUUCGAAUACACUGGGCUACAUUCUCCGUGACGUUCGACCAAAUAUCCCACGAGGUUACAUGUAUACUCUGCACGACAUCGGUCUCGUGAUAAAUAAAUUAAUGGGCGGUGCUUACCGAUCGCAAUACACGCGUAGAAGGUUCCGCAUGAUCUAUACCAAAGUGAUGAAGAGAUCCGGUAUACAUCCCCAACACAUGCAUCGAAAUAGCUGCGUCCUGGGCAACACCACUCGUUACUACUCGGGAUCUGGCAGCAAACAGGAUAGCCUGACGAUGAGUUUGCUCGCUGAGACCUUGCCAGCUAACCGAGACACACCGCUUUUCGAUUAUCCUUUCAAUGAGUUACUCAUAUGGGCUGUGUUGACUAAACGCCAACAAAUGGCACUGUUGAUGUGGCAACAUGGAGAAGAAGCUUUAGCAAAAGCACUGGUUGCUCUUAAAUUGUACAAAGCCAUGGCGCACGAGGCUGCCGAGGAUGAUCUUGAAACAGAAGUGUACGACGAAUUGCGGAGUUAUGGAAAAGAAUUUGAAAAUAUUGCUUUGGAAUUGUUAGAUUAUUGUUAUCGUCAAGAUGACGAUCAAACGAAACAGCUAUUGACUUCCGAACUUCAAAAUUGGUCUGGCCAAACGUGUCUUUCGUUGGCAGUCACGGCUAAUCAUCGACCACUUUUAGCACACCCCUGUAGUCAGAUUAUUUUAGCCGAUCUGUGGAUGGGUGGUCUUCGCACGAGAAAGAAUACGAACUUAAAGGUCAUACUUGGACUAGUUUGUCCAUUUUAUAUAGUGUGCUUGGAAUUUAAAAGUCGCGAGGAAUUGCAGCUGAUGCCACAAACUCAGGAAGAACAUUUGAUCGCUCUUGAGGAUGAGAAAGAAGAUAGCGAUUCAGAGCAUGGUAUGCCAACGGGUCCAGACGUUGAGAAACGUCAGCGCAGGAGCCUGAGCGUACGCAACAAAUCCAGCAGCCAACAAGGCGCUAAGUUAUCAUCAAGGAAAACUUCUAUUUAUUCAGUAUCGGAAUCCGUACCGGCUUUGAUCAGCAACGAACACACUACUACUGUUAUCAAGGAGACAAUUGUACAAGAAAAUGGCAAAGUACUGACAGAUAACGACGAUGGAAUUCAUCGUGCGUACGGCAUACACUCUGACUAUUAUGACAUCAAGAACAGCAGGCCAUUGAGACUGAGGAAAAAAUUGUACGAAUUUUUUACAGCUCCUAUCACAAAAUUUUGGGCUAAUGCUAUAGCGUACAUUAUUUUCUUGGUACUUUUCUCGUAUUGCAUUCUCAUCCAGAUGAAUGAUGAUCCAUCAUUAGCAGAAAUUUAUGCCAUCGCAUACAUUUGCACAUUAGGAUGUGAAAAAGUACGAGAAAUAGCAACGUCUGAACCAGCUACUCUCUCGCAUAAAUUCAGCGUUUGGGCGUGGAAUAUGUGGAACCCCUGCGACGCGGCUGCCAUUAUCUUUUUUCAAAUUGGUCUGGCUUUACGCUUGAGACACUCGACUCUUGAUGUUGGCCGUGUCAUUUAUUGCGUCGACAGUAUUUAUUGGUACUUAAGGAUAUUGAACAUUCUUGGUGUGAACAAAUACUUUGGUCCGUUAGUCACUAUGAUGGGAAAAAUGGUAAAAAAUAUGACAUACUUUGUAGUACUUUUGGUAGUGGUAUUAAUGAGUUUUGGAGUCACCCGACAGGCAAUUUUGAACCCGAAUGCUGAACCAAAACUCAGGAUUAUUCGCGACAUAUUUAUGGAACCGUAUUUUAUGUUGUACGGAGAGGUGUAUGCAGAUAACAUAGAUCCAGAUUGCGGAGACGAGCCAGGAAUGAUCGCUUGUUUACCAGGCCGCUGGAUCACACCUGCUGUAAUGUCAAUUUAUCUUUUAAUUGCAAACAUAUUACUGAUAAAUCUUCUGAUUGCCGUAUUCAAUAAUAUUUUCAAUGAGGUAAACGCGGUGGCGCACCAAGUUUGGAUGUUCCAACGUUUUACUGUUGUUAUGGAGUACGAACAGAAGCCAGUUUUACCUCCUCCGCUUAUUGUAGUUUGUCAUAUAUAUCUGGUGGUGAAAUAUUUGCUGCGAUAUGUAACACAAGGAAAAGCAAGUACUGGCGAAACCUACGACAACGGGCUGAAGUUGUUCUUAGAGGCGGACGAUAUGGAGCGUCUCUACGAUUUCGAAGAGGACUGUGUCGAAGGAUACUUCCGCGAGCAAGAGUUGAAGCUGCAAAUGUCCACGGAGGAACGUGUGAAAAUUACCACGGAAAGGGUCGAGAAUAUGCAUUCGAAGAUCGAAGAUAUCGACAAAAAGGAGAACAGUCAAAAUGCUUCCCUUCAGGCAGUGGAAUUUCGUAUCCGCAAACUGGAAGAAUUGAACGAACAGACUCUGGCACACUUGGGGGUCAUCCAUCGAUUCAUGGCCACACACAUGCCCAACAUGGAGGGCUUGUCCAGUUUCGAUAUAGACGGUCGUCAGCGUAGAGUGUCGGAACGCUCAGAAGUUCUCUCGGAAACAGAUUCUCAUACACAGCUACCAAGUAUCGCUGCUAAACGCAAAAGACUGGUCCGAUCGAUGACCGACGGCACGUUUCUUAAUCUAGGUCCGUCAAUAGACGAUGUCAUGCUGAAACAUUCAGACACCGCUGCAUCACGCGAAAACCUCAGUAGAAACGAGUCCUCUAUAAGUGGAGAUGGCCACACUAUUCAGGACGACAUAAAGACGACCACGAGCCAGGAAACCGAAGUGAGCAAGGCCGAUGGCGAGAAAGAAACUUUAAAAAAGAGCUCGUUAUCUACCAGCAGAGAGGCAAGCGGAGAACCAAGCAGCAAGGAACCAAGCACGGACCCAAGUAGACAAACGAGCAGAGAGUUAAGCAGGGAAACGAGCAAGGAACCAAGCAGAGAGGCCAGCAGCGAAGCCCCACCUUCCGAAUCUAUUCCCAAACAGGAUUCCACGGAACGACCGUCCAGACAGACCAGCAGAACACGUUCCGAGUCAGACGAUGUAAUGAUCCAUCCAUCCGGCGUACCGAGAGGAGUAACUUGGGCAGAGCCACGUGUCGCGGUCAUUCCGUCAUCAUCGACGAGUAGCACACAGAGAUCCAUCCUAUUAGCCAUGCACGCCGAGUAUACAAGCAUAACGGACGAGUUGGAGAGUUACUGCGGCCUCCUAAGUCCACCGCGAACACCGCCAAUUUCUCCACCGCCUUCGAGAGUUCGGAACCUGUCGGAAAUGUCUAACCCCGAGAUGGCUUGGCAGAUCGAGAACGAACAUCUGCGCGACGCCGAGGAGUGCGAUUACCAGCAGAUGGAAGACUUGAUACAGAGGAGGUACUUCGCCGACGAAGACGAGCCUUUGCACAGCGCGGACGAAGCCAGCAUAUUCAUAUCGAACGAGCACAGGCAUCAGCUUCGAAGAGCUUCCGCCAUCGACGAAGAGUCUCGGAGGCCUCCGCCUACGAUUUGCGUGACUAGAGAGAUCGAGCAAACGCUCUCGAGGCCGCCGAUCCGGGACUCGGAAAGCUCCGAUCCCAACGACAAGAAUCUAACCACGGUACCUGCCCCGGCGUCCGAGACCAUGUGCUGAACGAGAUACGCCUCGAGGUAAUCCAAACCUAACCUCAAUUUACACACUUUACACGUGUCGAUCUGACUCAAUGAGACUGUGCAAGUCGAGGUUACAAUGGAAGAUGUAUUCUUUCACUUGGUAUUUAUAAUUUUCACGUAUGCGAGAAUGCGUAUAAAUAUAAAGUCAAACGGAGACAGUAUUUUUAAAAACGGAGAGAGUAAAUCGUAAAAUUGUACAGUUUGAUAUUUUUAACGAACUUCCUACUUCAUUGUAGCGCGUAAUCAUAGUAAAAUGCCAUGCAUCCUUUCAAUUGCUUGCUUUAUGGUGCAAUAUGGUAUCGUUGAGCUCAGAUCUAACGAUUUUUACAAUAUUUCAAUUGCAAGUUUUUAUUACGAUUUUUGUACAUUCUUUUUCGCGUUGUCCGUGUAAAUAAUUUAAUUAUUCCCAGCCGUAAAGUACUUAGAAUAUUGUAUAUAUAAAUAUGCACACGAGUACAUAUGUACAUAUAAAUAUUGAAGUCAUUAAGCUUGCUCAUACUUAAACUGACUAUUAAUUAAUUAAGUCAAACGUUACGUAUUGCUGUUGGCAAUUUUAAUCCAUUUAAUUUUUAAACAAGCAUCAAGCAUAUUACAUUACAAUUUUUUUUUUUUUUUAAUAAUUUAUUAACACAGACACAUUUCUAUACUUGGAGAAAUUCACGUAACAUUUGAUAUGUCUGUUUCUAUCGUAACUUAUUUAACAAUCAGCUUUAUAAAGCUUCCGAUAUUAAUUUCUUGACAAGUAUGAUGUACGUACGAUCCAUCUAGUUGUUAAUAUAUAUUUGUUCCAAACGUACAACUAACAGAAUUUAAUGCUGAAUUGAAUUAUUAUAUUCAACAAUUUUUUUUUUUUUUUAGGAAUAUAAUAUUUUUGAUUUCGUACAGAUAAUUAUACGUACACAUAUAUACAUAUAUAUACUUUGUUAGAUUUUCACGCAGUUAUUGCUAUUAAUGACUGCUACUUACAAUAUUUAUGUGCAUAAUAAUUUAUGACAGUUAAUAUUAAUAACAAUUGAAUUGACUUAGCACGGCACGUGGCAGUUACUUGCAAUAUUGAUAAAACGAUUAUUAUUCCUUUAGAUGAUAAUUAUUACUUUAGUAAUAUUACUGCUUCGACGCUUCGAUCUUCGUUAAUAUAAUCAAUAAUAAAAAUAUUCAAGCUAAGAUAGCUAAAUAAUCAUAAAGUUUGAAUAUUCAGCUGUCGAAACGUUUUCUAACUAUCAGUCUUAAGAUUAAACACGUAUUAUUGUACGUUAUUUCUUUUCUUACCAAUCGAGUCACAACGCUGUGAACAUUUUUAACCUUGGAACGAUGGAUGACUGGAUCAUAGCAUCGUUUGUUUUUUGUAAACUACGUUUGCAUCGUUACUAUACAAUUCGUUGAUAAAACGUGAAUUUAUAAUAAUUAUGAAUUUUGUUCGAAAUUGUGAAAUUAUCAGAGUACAAAAAAAAAAAAAAAAUUAUGUUCUCUUUCUGUAGGAAAAAUCAUAGAAAAAUUAUUGCAUGUUGAAAACAUACAUUCGAGUCCUCUUGUACAAUAACUGAAUUGACAAGUUACAAGCAGGUACGUUGUAGCUUGUCAAUUCAUAUAAUAUAUCUUCUGUUUCAUUUGUGAAUCCCAAAUGAUCCAGUCAUAGUUGGAUGUAGGUUAAAAUUCACCAAAUUGAUUUGUA